AUGCCGGGAAAGGGAAAAGGGCCGUCUAAGGGCAAACAGCCAGCGAAGCGUCCACUAUCAAAGAGGCCAGCCCCGGUUUCUUCCUCAUCGGAGGAUGAGGGUGAUUUGCAGGGCCGGCAAGACAUCUUGGCUCGCUUGACUGCCUUAGAACAAGCCAGGGGAGCUGGUGGCUCAGCAACCGGCAGAGCAAAGAGGGCUCGCUCAACCCUUUUGGCUUCGUCAGCCACCUUCCAGCGCGAUGUUCUUAAUAGGCUUUCUGCUCUUGAAAGUACAGGUACGCCAGCAGCAGGGGAGCGAGCCUGCGAGGUGACGGUGACUGAAGCCACAGCCGUUGAACUGAGUGGCGUAGCUGAGCAAAGCGUGCAGGAGGAAUCUGGGCAGGUGGCAGUUGCAAUUCAACCUCCUGAGGGUGAUGGUGCGGCGGCUUGCUACACGAGGAAGAGGGUUUUGAUUUGCGGCCAUAGUAUGGUCUUUUGGGCUGCUCGUCAAGCAAAGAAGACCCAGUUCGGCUCGCAGUUGGGCCUCAGUUUGUGGGCUACGGUGGAAUGGCAGGGUCGCAGAGGUUUGAGGUGGCCUGGUCUCCUGCCGCUCCUUUUUGAGGGAAGGUGUGGCCCCCUGCCGGACAUUCUGGUAAUCCACCUCGGUGGCAAUGAUCUUGGCCUGGUGAAGGGUAAGGCCCUAUCUUUGCAGGCGGAGGCCGACCUGUGGUGGAUUAAAGAGCGUUGGCCCGACACACUCAUUAUAUGGUCAGCAAUACUUCCCCGUCGUGUAUGGAGGGAAGCGUUGGACCCUGCCGGGAUUGAAAGGGCACGUCAUAGGGCUAACAGGGCCUUGGAGAAGGCCUUGGGCCGGGGUCUGGGCAUAUAUCUGCCACAUCCCGCUAUAAAGGCUGAGGUGGCUGACCUUUAUCGUAGCGAUGGGGUCCACCUGUCGGAAGAGGUCUAUAGUCCUGGAGUGCUUUUGGAGUCAGACUUACUGCUGUAUAAGCCAGUGGCAACUGUGACCAGACGUGCCUUUUACCAGCCUCAUCUGAUUAGCCAGCUGCAGCCUCUCCUGGGCAGAAAAGAAUAG